CCCAAGCAAGAUGAGUCAAUGUUGUGAUGACCAAACCAAGUGCAUCGGAAUCGAUCGAGCCACCAUCACAACAUGCAUUAUAUUACGUCUGUGCAUAUACGGAAGAUGGCAAUCGCAUGGUCGGGAUGGCGGGCGCCUAUGGUGCAACAGUAUACAAGCUAACGCCGAUCUGUCACUUCACAUGUCGCCUGCCCUGCCGCUUCUUGCAGCCAGAGCACACGGCAACGCCACCCUUCACACGCGAAUCGACCUCCACACAAGGCGCCAGUGCCAUCAGCAAUGCAGGAGACGAUUGUACUUACUGAGUAAGACUCAUUUCAGGAGGCAUGAAAAUGUGAUCUGUGUCUCCGUCGCUUAGUCUCGAGCCUCGCAGCGCAGUCUCGUUGCAACCAAUGGAUAUCGCAAAUACGAAAUUUGACAGUCAGGAGGGGUGAAUGAUGUUCUCCGGCGUAAAUAAGGAGGAG